AACAUCUGUCUCUGUGUAAACCUAGGACAGUAGGUAACACCUGUCUCUGUGUAAACCUAGGACAGUAGGUAACACCUGUCUCUGUGUAAACCUAGGACAGCAGGUGACAUCUGUCUCUGUAAACCUAGGACAGCAGGUGACAUCUGUCUCUGUGUAAACAUAGGACAGUAGGUAACAUCUGUCUCUGUGUAAACCUAGGACAGCAGGUGACAUCUGUCUCUGUGUAAACCUUGGACAGUAGGUAACACCUGUCUCUGUGUAAACCUAGGACAGUAGGUAACACCUGUCUCUGUGUAAACCUAGGACAGUAGGUAACACCUGUCUCUGUGUAAACCUAGGACAGUAGGUAACACCUGUCUCUGUGUAAACCUAGGACAGUAGGUAACACCUGUCUCUGUGUAAACCUAGGACAACAGGUAACACCUGUCUCUGUGUAGGUAACACCUGUCUCUGUGUAAACCUAGGACAGUAGGUAACACCUGUCUCUGUGUAAACCUAGGACAGUAGGUAACACCUGUCUCUGUGUAAACCUAGGACAGUAGGUAACACCUGUCUCUGUGUAAACCUAGGACAGUAGGUAACAUCUGUCUCUGUGUAAACCUAGGACAGUAGGUAACACCUGUCUCUGUGUAAACCUAGGACAGCAGGUGACAUCUGUCUCUGUGUAAACCUUGGACACCAGGUAACAUCUGUCUCUGUGUAAACCUUGGACACCAGGUAACAUCUGUCUCUGUGUAAACCUUGGACAGCAGGUAACGACUGUUGCCUUGGUAUUCUCCUGUGUUGUGCCUUUGUUGCUCCUAGUCAGGGUGUUACACUGUAAACUGUCCUAGGUGAUCUGGUCAAGGUGUUACACUGUAAACUGUCCUCAGGGAGUUGGUCAAGGUGUUACACUGUAAACUGUCCUCAGGGAGCUGGUGAAGGGUUGAACUGUUCCUCAGGAACCUAGUAACAUGUUUAGCUUGUUCACUGGGUGUCAAAGACUUGCCAGCGUUCGAAAACCACAGUCCACUGGAAAUGUGUACGGAAGGUAAAGUCUAAUAUCGCAACCAAACCUUUUUUAUGUCAUUUGGAUUUGCCCUGAUUCAAACCUUUUGAGUUUUCUUUGUUUUUUAUCCCUAAGGGAUUUGGCAUGCAAAAAACUAAAACAAUCUCCCUUCCCAAAAUAUUACCUUUGUUUGCCUCAGUGGGUUGUUAUUUUUACCCAGUAUUCCUUGCACGUCCUCUGCACAUUAUUGCCACAUUUUUCCAAAGGAAUUAGACUGGAAGCUUUUCUGAAAUGGAUAAACAUGUGUGUUCUCUGUCAAGCAGGGGUGUUGAGUGUGACACUUGAACCAAGAGGAGAGAACUAAAACCAACCCGUUUGGAAAAAACAAGGACACGGCACCUCCCGUCCCAGGAUUGGACAGGAUUUGACCUCUGAAAUAACCUUUGAGCUCUGGGUUUUUGUAGAGGUCAUCCACGGGUGUAUGCCCUGUGUGCCUGUUACCCCUCCCCUCUUUCCCCACAACCGGCCAAUAGGAUUCUGCUCCUCCUACACAUUCACUUUGACUCUAUAAUAGGUGUUGUAUAGAAUUAAUCCUGGUGUCAUAUGUAUAGGAUGGUACACAACAAUAGGUACACAGAAAGUACACACAAUUGUACAUGCCUUGGCGAUCUAGUCAAGUAAUUUCAUUCUCUCUCCUUUUAUUUAUUGUCUUUCUCCCUCUCUUUCCCUCACUCCCUCUGUUAUAGAGAAUUCUCCCAUGCAGUUGUAGUGGAGAGUAAGUCUCCUUAUUGUUGUAUACAUUUUUACAACACUGAGUUAAUACGAUGUAGCUGAUCUGGUCAGUAGUCAGUCUGUGCAGUGUGUUCUGUACUGAAUUGACAAUGCCUUUAGGAGAAACACAGAGACUAGGAUAUCCAGCAGUCACCUGAGAGAGCCACAAACAUAUUUCAAAUGUCUCUAAAAGUCUGCUUUUGUUGUGCCAAGAACUCACCACUGACAUUUGAGGACUUUUGUGGCUUGGAAAAGAUACCUGGAUUUGAGGGGAAACUGCUGGUCACAGUCUCCCACUUGUGAGAGACACUGAGUGAGUAUUAUUUACACAGUGCAUGGCUACUGUAGCUCAUAAAUGUGUUCCAAGGCCCUGUAGCAAAGGAAAAAUACAUAUAAAAGGGUGGAGGAACAUAUUCUGACUGAUAGGAAGUGAAUGGAUUGGAAUUGUGUACCAUUAUCUGAAUCAAUAGUCUAAGGAGUUCCUCCUCUGUUUCAAUCUGCCUUGUGUAUUUUCCAUGACCAAACCACUGGGAAGUGAAGAUCAUGGAACGUAAGAAACAGCAUGCUAUUCUUUUCUCUGCUGGUUGCAUGUUAGAUACGUGUUAGAAACGUAGACCCUGUUUGACUGUACUGUACUGUGGAUCUACCCCUGGACUCUGUAUUGUCACUACUACUACUACCCCAUUGUAUCCCCAGCUCUCAUCCUUUCAAGCUUCUCAGUUCCUGUAGCCUGAUCAAUGUGUUUCCCUCGUGCUGCUUCAAACUGUCAGCAAAACUCUUGCUUCCUCGUAAGAUGGCCACAGACUAUGGGUCCCUCCUGUUGAUACCCUGGACACGUGUGUAACCUCCCUCUUCAGCACAAAGGAGUGUAAGUACUACAGGGACUAUACAGUAUUACUGCGAGACUGUCUAUCUGCUGCUGUGGAAUAUGUUUCUGACCAGAGGAGUAUAUACAGCAACAACUUGACCACUGAGUUUCCUUCAAGAGAAUGGAAGGAAGACUGUGAAUCAGGACACUGUAGAGCUGUGAGUAACCCUGACUGUUAAUAAAGAGUUAGUGGAACAAUGAUCUGGGAAGUGAGGGAAGUCAUCUACUGCUGGAUACAGUUUUUCCUCGUGGAUUUACCUUUACCACAUCAGAUGGAUUACUUUUCACCAUAGAAACAGUGGAACUGGAAAGAAGUACAGAACACCAGGUUCUUAUCAAUACCUAGGUGGUCAUAAACUCACAAAGCACAUAGGAGUUGAGACUACAGCUUCAUCAGCGUAAGACAUUGUAUUUAGCACCAUGGGAGCGGCGCGUGUUAAGCGACGUUUCAGUGCGGUGGUUGACGGGCUGGUAGACGAGGAGGAAGUCAUUAAGCUGGCUCUGAGUGUUGCUGACACGGCCAGGGUGGGGGGGAGCACAGGAGGCUCAGGGAGCCCCACCAGUCUCUCUCCCACACACAACCGAAAUGGCAAAGCACUCCCCCUGCAGGGCAACGGCAGCAAUGCACGGAGGCCCAGUGGAGCCCUGGAGGCAGGAGGAGGGGAAGGAUCGAUGAAAGGAGGAGGGCGCUCAGGACUGAGGGGCGGGAGGGGUGGAAGUCUGGGGAGAAGGGGAGAAGGCUGUUCGUCCUCAGACCGAGAUUCAACACUGUCGUCCCCUUCCUCCUCAAGCCGCCGGCCCCCCCGGCGCUCUAGACGCCGGCCCCGCCACCGCUUUGUGGGCAAGGACGGGCGCUGCAACGUCACCUUCGUCAACAUGAGCGAGAGAGGCCAGCGUUACCUCAGCGACCUCUUCACCACCUGCGUAGACAUCCGCUGGCGUUGGAUGCUAGUCAUCUUCUGCCUCUCCUUCCUCCUCUCCUGGCUGCUCUUUGGCUUUGCCUUCUGGCUCAUUGCCGCCGCGCACGGGGACUUCGCCAUCCGCCUCAACCCCAGCUCGGGUGCCUCUUCCGGGGGAGGAGAUGAGUCCGGAGCAGGGGCGGUGGUGGAAGUGGAGGAAACGUGUUUCGUUCAGGUGAACAGCUUUAUGGCGGCCUUCCUGUUCUCCCUGGAGACGCAGACAUCCAUUGGUUACGGCUUCCGCAGCGUGACCGAAGCCUGCCCCCUGGCGGUGAUGGCGGUCGUCUUGCAGUGCAUUGUGGGCUGCAUCAUUGACGCCUUCAUCAUCGGAGCGGUCAUGGCGAAGAUCGCUAAGCCCAAGAAGCGUAACGAGACGCUGUUGUUCUCUGACACGGCAGUGGUGGCGCUGAGAGACGGGAAACUCUGCAUGAUGUGGAGGGUGGGGAACCUACGCAAGAGCCACCUGGUAGAGGCACACGUACGUGCACAGCUAAUGAAGCCGAGGGUGACCCCAGAGGGAGAGUUCCUCCCGCUGGACAACGAGGACGUCAACGUGGGAUUUGACACGGGAACCGACCGCAUCUUCCUGGUUUCCCCGGUAACCAUCGUCCACGAGAUCAACGAUGAGUCACCGUUUUUCGAGAUGGACCGUCGGACUCUGGAGGGCGACACGGAGCUGGAGGUGGUGGUCAUUCUGGAGGGUAUGGUGGAGGCCACAGCCAUGACCACACAGUGUCGCAGCUCCUACCUCGCCUCCGAGAUCCUCUGGGGUCACCGCUUCGAACCUGUGCUCUUCGAGAGGAAGAACUGUUACCAGGUGGACUACUCGUUCUUCCACCGGACCUAUGAGAUUCCCAGCACACCCUCUUGCAGCGCUAAAGAGUUGGCCGAGCAGAAGUACAUCCAGGGCUCACGCUCCUCCUUCUGCUACGAGAACGAAGUAGCCCUGCAGCUCGUCUCCCCUGACAAUGACCCUGAGGGCAACCCUGGCGGCUGCCCCUCCCCCCUGACGCACCGAUCCUCCCUCUCACAACCCACCCACACUAACUAGGGAGGCGACAGGCAGAGGGGACAGGAAGUGACCUGGGAUCCACAGGAAGUCAGGGACAGACAGAGGGAGAGAGAGGCAGAAAGAGAGACAGGCCUCAUAGGAAAAGAGACCAACGUAGAGAAAGGUAAGUACAUGGUUUAGGGAAAAGGACAACAUUGAGAGACUGGGGUUGAGAGAGGUGUAGAAAGAGAAACAGAAGACACGACAAAGACGCCGAGAGACAAACGGAGAGAGAGAGAUGCUGUAUACUGUCAAACAGAGAGAAAAGGACAGACAGAUAGGACAGAAAAGGAGAGAGAGGGAUAGAAAGAGAGAGAGAAGUGUCAUUGAAAGGGGUAGAUGGGCUGCUGCUACUCUGACUGUGUUAGCUGAUUUGGACAUAGCGAUCUUUCAGAAUCAUUAUGAACCUGUCUGUCUCAGACCCGUCCCGUCAACCAACCGCUACAUUCACCACUGGCUCCAGCACCUAGCUGACCACACAUACAACACUGACCCCUAUUGGCUUCAGUCUGUACCUGCAGCUCCUGUUCAGUUACAACUCACACUGGACACAUGGGAGUAAGGUGAAGCUGCCCCCUAGACACUGAGCUAUGACCAGUUUAGUGUUCUGCCCCCUAAUGGUGAAGGUUAGGUUUUGGAGAGGCUAAGCUGAUCCUAGAUCUGUGCCUACGGCUAACUUCUACCCCAAACCUGUGGAUGUUGAAUACUGUGUGAGAGAAUGAGGUAAAACGGUGUAUAUCUACACAUUGAGGGAUGUUUGUUAUGAACUGAAUGAGAAGGCAUUAUUGUUAUGUUUUUGAUUCUGGUGAUUUGUGUUCUGUCAAGGUUUGAGCAGGUCUGUUGUGUUAGACUGAUAUGUAGCAAAAUGGAUACAGAGAAACAGCUGAAAAUAAGCAGCGGUUUUAAGCUGUUUCUUUGACUUGUACUGUAUGUUGUUAUUCUGUAUUUAUAAUGCAAGACUAUUAUAUAUUUGCUUUAUUUAAUCAAACAUGUUGCUUGUUCAACUGGGUGCAGUGUCAGCACAAAACCAUAUGAGUGCAUAGUCUGGUAACAUGUUGCUUGUUCAACUGGGUGCAGUGUCAGCACAAAACCAUAUGACUGCAUAGUCUGGUAACAUGUUGCUUGUUCAACUGGGUGCAGUGUCAGCACAAAACCAUAUGACUGCAUAGUCUGGUAACAUGUUGCUUGUUCAACUGGGUGCAGUGUCAGCACAAAACCAUAUGACUGCAUAGUCUGGUAACAUGUUGCUUGUUCAACUGGGUGCAGUGUCAGCACAAAACCAUAUGACUGCAUAGUCUGGUAACAUGUUGCUUGUUCAACUGGGUGCAGUGUCAGCACAAAACCAUAUGAGUGCAUAGUCUGGUAACAUGUUGCUUGAAGGUCUACUUCUAAACUUAUGAUUGAUUGUUUAAUAUGGUUAACUAUGGUUAACAAACAAAGGUGUAUAAGUACUUUGUAAGCAGAACUUUGAUUAAAAUGUUACCUUAUGUUAUUUUUUAAAUUCUACAGUACCCAGCUGAAGGGACAAUCUUAUGUUAAUGUUUACCUCUGUCUUGAAUAUGAGAUUCUGUCACCUGAGAUUCUGUGUUCCUCAAACAUUUAACUUUGUAUGAUUUUCCUCAGUAUUUUCUUUAUUUAGUUCAUUUGCUGAAUACUGUAUAUUUGGUAGAAUUUGAAGGGGGAAAUGGAGGGAUGUUAAAGGUAGACUCAGCGAUAUGACGUAGAUGCAGAAAGUAAACAGCAUAGUGGGUCAAUAUCCACAACAACUAAGAGUGUGAGGUGUGAGGCUCAACUUCUCCGCUGUUUAAAUAAAUAGAGAGGGUAUUCCAAACCGCUAAAACAUGAGCCUAUCACAAUAAUGAAAACAAAAUGUUGCCGAGGCUGAGAUGGAUGGCUGACACUGAGACGCGUGCGGACAGCAGUGGACGCAUACAUUCUGGCCUAAUGACAAUCACCAAAAUGUCAUUACACUUGUUGGUGUUUUGUGUAACAGAGGUCUCUUUCCAUCCACCACUGUUUGGAGGCGGGAGACAUGUUGAGACUGGAUGAACAUGUAAAGGAGCCCUUUGAAGUGAUUGUUUGACAAUCAGAUGAAAACAUCAUGACUGGUGGUUUGUGCCACAGUAGAAUGUAAUACAUUUUAAAAGUUAAAUAACAAAUCUUUAGUACGAGGCCCACAGAGAUCCUAAUGAAUGAAUAGAGAUUCCAUAUGGAAUGAAUGAAUAGAGAUUCUAUAUGGAAUGAAUGAAUAGAGAUUCUAUAUGUAAUUAAUGAAUAGGGAUUCUAUAUGUAAUGAAUGAAUAGAGAUUCUAUGUGUAAUGAAUGAAUAGGAAUUCUAUAUGUAAUGAAUGAAUAGGGAUUCUAUAUGUAAUGAAUGAAUAGGGAUUCUAUAUGUAAUGAAUGAAUAGGGAUUCUAUAUGUAAUAAAUGAAUAGAUUCCAUAUGGAAUGAAUGAAUAGAGAUUCUAUAUGUAAUGAAUGAAUAGAUUCUAUAUGUAAUGAAUGAAUAGGGAUUCUAUAUGUAAUGAAUGAAUAGAGAUUCUAUAUGUAAUGAAUGAAUAGAUUCUAUAUGUAAUGAAUGAAUAGAGAUUCUAUAUGGAAUUGUGUGAUCAUGUGAACAUAGGAGGUCCCAUACUGGGAAGAAAUGACAUCUACUUUCACCCGUGUGUGUGACUGUGAGAGUGAAGUCCUGUAUCUCACUCAUCUCAAUAACUGCAGUGCUGCUCCUGGCAACGUCAUUUAGCUGAGUUUACCUUUAAGGUGACAUUGUUGGAAGUGUCCAGGCCUUGGCAGAGCACCCUAAGCUGGGACUGGAAAUGGACCGUAAACCUGUUGGAAGUGUCCAGGCCUUGGCAGAGCACCCUAAGCUGGGACUGGAAAUGGACCGUAAACCUGUUGGAAGUGUCCAGGCCUUGGCAGAGCACCCUAAGCUGGGACUGGAAAUGGACCGUAAACCUGUUGGAAGUGUCCAGGCCUUGGCAGAGCACCCUAAGCUGGGACUGGAAAUGGACCGUAAACCUGUUGGAAGUGUCCAGGCCUUGGCAGAGUACCCUAAGCUGCAUAAGAAUGGAUGACUAAUCCUGAAUUCUAUGAUUCUGCUUUGGUUGGUGUCUGUCUCACACUAUGUGGGAGACUAAUGCAUUGGGUGGUGCCUUCAAAAAGAAGUCUAUGAUUCUGCUUUGGUUGGUGUCUGUCUCACACUAUGUGGGAGACGAAUGCAUUGGGUGGUGCCUUCAAAAAGAAGUCUAUGAUUCUGCUUUGGUUGGUGUUUGUCUCACACUAUGUGGGAGACGAAUGCAUUGGGUGAUGCCUUCAAAAAGAAGUCUAGGGUGUUAUUCUAUAACUAGCACAAGAUUUGCAAUGUUCAAAUGAGAUGUUUUUAUUGCCUGUCUAUUUUGUUGAAUCGUGUAACUCUUCUGAAAGGGAUGGUUUCUGAAAUAUGGAUACUGAUGUUAUUGAGAGAUGAAGAGUUCUAACUUCUAUGCCGUUACUACCACAAUAUUUAGUCACACUUUACAUUAAGUUAAACUGCCAUGUGUGGUAUUACAUAAUAACUAAGUCAUUAGUUCAAAUAGAAUCUAUUCACUUUCCUUUUGCAGUAUUACAAUUCAAAAUCAUUGGGUUAUGCACCUUACCAGCAGAUACCAUGCACAAUAUAUCAUGAAUCUACAUGAUAUAACUUCAUGUAAAGUGUUGACCAAUUGUCUUGACCACUAGAUGAUACACCAGGGCUGUAUGGUUCUACCUACUACAAGGACAGACAACUCUGAAACUUUUACUUGCAUCUUUGCACAGAAGUAAAUUGACACUAUGGAUUAACUCAAAGGCAAAAAUCACAUACGUACAUACAAAGCACAGUAAAAGCACACAAACGGCUAUUGAAAUGGCAUUUUAAGACGUCACAUACUGUAUACUGCAUACUGUAUAUAGAAAGAAGAACUUCACACAAAGCAGAUUCCAUGAUAUGAUUUACAACCAUAUUGAUGGGUUAUAGUUGGUGUUAUUGACAUUUAUUCAACUUCCGUGUCUUUCCUUAUUUUUCUAUGUCUCCAUGGCUACCAAGUUCUAUUUAUAGGUGAAUGGCCGGUCCCGUCUGUUCCACAUCCUGUGGUAGGGGGUAACUUGAACCCUGACCACCAGGACUCUGAACUCUGUGUUAGUCUUUUUUUUAACGCAUCCCACACAACAACAACAUAGCCAGAUGGAUUACUUGAUGACUUCCUGGUUGGUUACUUUAUUAGAUUCCAGAAUAAAACUCUGAUAUUGCAGGUCAAGUUAUGUUGGGAUGUACGUUAGUGGAAUCAUGUUGUUACUAGCUGUGCUCUAUUAUUAUUUUCUACAGAUACCACUGUAUGUUUCCCAUCCUUCUCUGUUGUAUCACAAACAAUAAUCAUUUCACUACUGUUUGUGGCAGAAAGAACUUCCAUGUGAAAAAGAAUGGCACUAUAGAGCAAAUAAAACACAUUGAUUGA